GAUGGGUCCCUGCGAAGUGGGUGCGCCCAGACCUCAGGGCAAGGACAAGAUAGGAAGCAGAGAGUCAGGUGAAUUAAUGAAUGUCUGAGCUUUAUUGCAGGGGAGGACCACCCUGAAUGGCCGAUGAUCCCUCCUAGCAGCAAAGACAGCAGACAGGAGAAGAAGAACAGAUGAGAAAAGGCGCGUGAAACCACAAGAAGAACGCGUAACCAGAAAACCCGAGAAGAUGGCAGGGGGAGCAACCCAAGUAGCUCUCCUCGUAGCGAUGCAAGUAGCUCUCCUCGUAGUGAUGCUGGGAUUGGGACUCCAAGGGGUGAAAGGCGAACCAACGUUAGCGAAAUGGGGUAGUAACAACCUAUGGCUCACCUGGGCAAACCGGACAGGAAAUAAGCAAUUUUGCCUGACGCUGGUGGGUGCGGGGCAGCCUUUUAAGAAAUGCUUAAUAGGGGUCCCAUUGAAUUUGACCGUAGACCUACCAAAGCUGAGAGAGCAUUGCACAAACACAAGCAAUAUUAGUAACUGCUUGAACACGCUGAAUGCAUCAUUGCCCUGGGACCCGCAAGAGCUUGACCUUCUCGGUUCGGUAGCACCAAUUAACUACACCGGUGCGGCAUGCGUGCACUUUGGGAAUAAUCAACAAGGGAUAAAUGUCUAUAGAAACCUUAACUGGACCGGGUGGACCAAUGUGUCCUCAAGCACACCGGGGUUUGAUUAUACCGCAAAAUCAUACUGUAACGGCUCUUUGGGGGCGGAAACAAAAGGAAGAGGGCCGACCCAUUGGGUAAAUGAGACGGCUAGGGCCCUCCCUGAUGGAAUGUUCCUGAUAUGUCGGGACCGGGCGUGGCCCGGGAUCCCAAGACGUGCUGUAGGGGGGCCUUGUUACUUAGGUAGCUUAACUAUCUUUGCGCCCAAUCUAACGGCUGUGAUAACCAUGGCAAAUCAAACGAGUCGAAGGCGCCGCAGUCUGACGAGCUUGGGUCCCGAGUGUGAUGAUAAGGUUGAGAUCUGGGGAGCGGCGUCUCGAAUCGGAGCAUCAAUCAUCCCGCAGAUUGGUACAGCGCACGCCUUGGCAUCCUUGGGAAAGCUAGCUUGUUGGGCGGUGAAGCAGAGCAACGUAACAACCAAAGUACUGUAUGAAAUGGCACAAGAUAUGGAUAGCUUACGACAUGCUGUCCUGCAGAAUAGAGCAGCCAUAGACUUUCUGCUGUUAGCCCAGGGUCAUGGGUGUAAAGAUGUGGAAGGCAUGUGCUGCUUUAAUCUGACGGAGCACAGCCGGUCAAUACACAGUGAGUUAGAAUGGCUAAAGGAGCACACGCAAAAAAUUAUCGUAAUGACUAACCCGCUAGAUAGUUGGUUUGGUAAUUGGCUUGGGCUAGGACCAUGGGCCAGGCAGUUACUAAUAGAAGGGUUGCGCCUGCUGCUGAUGCUCGUGCUAGGCAUAUUAGCAUGUAGACUAGUGUUUAGAUGCUUGGUAAGACAACUGCUAGAAAAGGGGUGGUCCCGCCCACACCCACAUUAUGAACGCUUAACCCGCGACACGGCAAUUUAAAGCAAAUAGCAUAGCCAAAGCAUGGGGAGGGGGAGAUGUAGGGAACGGCGAUCGGAAGAUCUCGCGAUGGCACGGAAAGAGGAAGGAUAUGACGCAGAGAUAGCAGUAUGCUUGUAGGUAUAUAAGC